ACUUUGCCACGCGCGUGAUAGGAAAAGCUUGACUCAUUCAAAGUUUUUGUAAACAUUGGUGCGGGUUUUUGCGUGGAAAGACGCGUUUCUCGACCGGGGAACUAUCGAGGAGGCAGUGACGGAUACAGAAACUCGACGGAGCGGAUGGUUUUGGGUUUGUUUGUUGUUAUAUUCGCCUAAUUUUGGACGUUUCUUCGGACUGAUAUCUGCGUGGCCAUUGCUCAGCGUUGGAUGGGCGUGUAGGAGUUAGCAAACAAGCUAACUUUUCUCUACUGUUAACGGCGUUUUAACCGUUAUAGAGGAUUUUUGGACAUUUCCCCGAAAGUUUACCCUAACUUUAAGCUAGUUUGAAGUUAUUUCUUUGAACAGUAGUAGCGGGGGGCUCAACCGCGUGUUUUCCCGUCGUCGAAGUCGGGGUUUAAAUCCUGAAAAUGUCGAGCUACUCUCGCCACCGGCACGGAUCCCAGUCCCCGAAAAGUCGACCGAUUCGUCAAAAACUACAGUUCACAUCGAGUGAUGGCGAGGAUGACCCCUUAGAUGAUGUUAACAACAGCACAGGGGGAGAAUCUGGAUUCACGGAGAUGGACUCCCCGAUGCCAGCGCGGAGAGACACCGUGGGUAAGCGGCUGGAGGAGGUGGAGGAGGGCAGCAGCAGCCCGUUGAACCAGACCAGCGGGGACGACGACGUGGAGCUGUGGGACGAGGAGAGCUUUGGAUCCCCGUCUCAUCUGCGAUCACCGGGCAGUGUUAUCUUCGCCAACUGCUCCCCAUCGCCGAGGAAGAUGUCCAGGCUGUACGGAGGGUCCCCGGAGCGGGCAUACGUGCAGCAGGACGACGGGGAGGGCUCCAGCUCCCCGAUACCGGACUGUCCCGACACACCUCCACACAAAACCUUCAGAAACCUGCGACUGUUUGAUACACCACACACACCAAAGGUUAGAAUUUGAUGCAUCAAAACUCUAUUUACUCUAAAGUCCCAACAACAGGUGAUUUAACUUAAGAUUUCUGCUGUUUGGGACUUUACAGAAACACCCACAAAGAUGAUCAAAACUGAAGGAAAAGUUUUUGGAUUGAAACUAGACAGAAUUGGGCAACAUUAAAUACACAAACUGGAUCAGAUUUUUGCAACAAAACACUUUAAAUCUACUAUUUAGCUCAGAUGUGAGAUGUUAAAGUAAACAGACAUCAUCCUAACAAUGCAAAACUCUUUGUAAAGUAUUUGUAUGCAACUAACAAACUUCUUUUUAGUUUCAGCUCCAAUAGAAAUAUCCUCAGUUUAUGUGACUCUGCAGAAAAGCCACUCACAACUUUAUUCUUUUAGAAAAUAAACACCCUCAAAGUUUCAGGAGCUCAAUCACAAGAAUUUUCACAUGAAACCAGAAAGAAAUCACCAGAAUGGACAACAAAUCGAGCCAUUUUUGCUCACUUUUAUCUAAAACUGCUCAAUGUUGGUUUUAACAUGAGAUUAUAUUUACAGGAUCAACAUUUUGAAGCGAAUUUGUGUCUUUAAAACUUCAACUGCAACAUAGAUUCGACUAUGAUCCUGUGAGUUAAAGUGGAUUAAAAACAGUCAGGACAGACAAAAAAACAGGUCAAACUGCAGAAUAAGUUUAGUUCUCGUUUGUCUUAAACUGCUCAAUGUUGGUUUUAACAUGAGAUUUAUUCAGUAAUAUCUACAGGAUCAAGAUUUAGAAGUGAAUUUGUGUCUUUAAAACUUCUGCAGCACAGAUUUAUCUUCCCCCUGAUAUGAUCCUGUGACUUAAAGUGGAUUAAAAACACUCAGGACAGGCAACAAACCAGGUCAAACUGCAGAAUAUACAACAGGAACCAGUGUGUUAGUCUGUAAAACCAGUCUGCAAAGCUUCCCAGGAUGUUUAAACUUAAAAGAUUUAGUCACUCCUUGUUUAAAUGUCAGGUGUAAAACUCGGAUUCAAACACGCCAUAACAAAGCACCUCCCCGCUUACAUAAGUAAACCGGGUCAAUUUUUGAAUUCAAGGGAAAACUUGUGCUGUGUCAGUUAAACAUAGUGACCCACUUAAAGCUCGACUGUACUGUUGCAUAAUGCUCUCACUGUAGUAGUCAGCCUGCCAGAUGAUUCAGCGACUGGGAGUUGAAUGUCUGGGCAUGUUUCCCUCUACGAUUACAGCAUUACUCACUUAAAGGUUUUUAAUUUUACCACCAAACUAUAAUUAUUAUAUUUUUAUGGACUCUGCUCAUUUGAAAUGUUACUUUUAAUUACCCUCUCCCCCUUUUCCUCUCCCUGCUCAUGAUUAUAAGUUUUAACAGAGUCUUAAAUCUGUCACUUUUUUCAGAGUUUGUUGUCCAGAGCGAGAGGCUCUGCUCAGGGAUCCUCCCGGAGAGUCGCCCUGUUCAAGAAUGUGGAGCCGGAGGGAAAGUCGCUCACAGGCAGCAGCGGCAGAAGACAGCAGACCCCUCUAGUCAACUUUAACCCUUUCACCCCCGACUCCCUCCUCAUACAGUCUGCCACACAGCAGAGGAACAACAGGAAGAGGGCGCACUGGAAUGAGUAUGUCGACCAGAUGUUUUCACUUUUGACCCUUUUAAAGAAAGAUAAAUCUCAAAGAUCUGUUGCGCCCUAAAAGACUGGAGGAUUACAGUAGUUUUCCCAAAGUUAUGAGUCUGCAGUCAGUCAGUAUUUGGUUACACAUUCCCCACCCUGGUCAAAUAGUUUACUAUGAGGUUUGACCUUUGGUACCCACAGUAUUUUGAGAGCUGUUAAUCACAGGUAACAGAGCCCUGAUGAAAACCUUUUUGUCUUAUCUCGAGCACGGAUCAAACCCAUUGUUGUUAGAACCUGAUUCGUUAAAGCCGUUGACUAGGAACAGGAGGUUUGGCAGGGGACCAAGACCUCAUGGUUACUGGUGAACUCUGCCAUGUGCUCGUGAAGCCCUCAGUGCUGCCCCCUGCUGUACAGAGCGCUAACAAUACACCUAUUGUCUGAUCUUUCAGCUCCUGUGGAGAGGACAUGGAGGCAAGUGACGGAGAGGCAGAGGAGGAAAUACUGCCACCUUCAAAGGUAAUUAAACUUACAUGGGAAUGUUUCAGUGACUUUUCUUAAGCAGUGCUUUGGAUUUACAGUUUGAUUCUGACACAUCUGGAUGUUUCUUUACAAGUUUUGUCACUAAUCUGCAGCCUUUAACACGUCAGAAAGCUUUAGGGGAAAUAGUCAGAGUUCACUGGACAUCAGAAAAUGUUCUUUUGUAAGGCAGAAACGAACAAAUAUGUUUGAUCAAAUCUGAAACCAACACCUGAGACUGAUCAAUAAACUUGUGAAAGCUGGUGUUGGAGAAGAAAAAAUACAAAAAUCCUUUAAAAUAGUUUGAGUUGACAUCUUUAAUGACCUUUCUUUCACCCAGGAGUUUCAGAAAACCCCAAAUUUCCCAUUUUUGACAGAUAAACACUUUUUUGUGCUUCGUAAGUUUCCUUUAAAUGUGACUUAAACCUUACAUGAUGGUCAAGAUGGUAAUAACGUCUUUGUCAAGUGAGUUAUAGUCUCACUGUUUUAGCUGUUUGCCCUAUUACAGGUCAAAAACUAAACAGCUUUUCUGGGGAUAUGUGCAAGUCUUCAGGAAACUUAAAAAAGUGUUUUUAAAACUAAAUAGUUUUCUCUUUGUUAUCUCAGAGGAUCACCAUGAUGGAGAGCAACAUGAUGUCCAGGUACGUCUCAGAGUUCCUCGAGCUGGAGAAGAUCGGCUGUGGCGAGUUUGGUGCCGUGUUCAAGUGCGUGAAAAGACUCGACGGCUGCAUCUACGCCAUCAAGAGAUCAAAGAAACCUCUGGCAGGAUCAGUAGACGAGUAAGUGCAGUUUAUAACGGGAUGAGAUCGUAGUAAUUCACCACAAAGCCCUACAGUGUACUCUAACUCAUCCUUUGCUUAAGUGCACAAAGGAGCAUGCCUGAUGUCUUUACUGCACAGACAUGUGGAGCUUUCCUUCUCCUUCUGGUCUGUCUCUAAUUAAAACCGCCCCUCCUCCUCUUCCUCUGCAGACAGAACGCCCUGCGGGAGGUGUACGCCCACGCCGUGCUGGGCCAGCAUCCCCAUGUGGUACGCUACUACUCCGCCUGGGCCGAAGACGACCACAUGCUCAUCCAGAACGAGUACUGUAACGGCGGCACACUUUCAGACGUGAUCACAGAGAACUACAGACGGCUCAGCUUCCUGACUGAGCUGGAGCUGAAGGAUCUGCUGCUGCAGGUCACACGAGGACUCAAAUACAUCCACUCCACCUCUCUGGUGCACAUGGACAUCAAACCCAGUGAGUGUUGGUGCUGCUAAAAUAUUUUAUUGUGGUAGAAACGGUUAAACACUUUGGGUUUAAUUUGAUCUCAUGUCUUAAUGCUUUUUUAAAUCAUUUUUUUCAUCAGGUAACAUCUUCAUUUCAAGAAAGACCGUUUCAAGCUGUGAUGAGUGCGAUGAGGACGAAGGACUGACCACCAGUGUUGUUUAUAAAAUAGGUGAGCGCCUCUACAUGCAGAGUUUGAGUCUGAAUCUUUCUCUUAUUCACGAUUUCAGCUUCACGUCUUUGACCUUUUCUCGUUCGUGUUUCCUCUCCAGGUGAUCUCGGUCAUGUGACAAGAGUAAACAACCCGCAGGUAGAGGAAGGAGACAGCAGAUUCCUCGCCAAUGAAGUUUUACAAGAGGUGAGUCCUCGUUCUCUCAAAAUUCUCCUGUUCUUGCACUAUUGGAGCGUCGCGCAGGUGUUAAUAUUUCUCCAUCUGUGUCUGAUCUCUCUGUAGGAUUACCGUAACCUGACAAAGGCGGAUAUUUUCGCUCUCGCUCUGACUGUGGUGAGCGCCUCAGGGGCAGAGCCUCUUCCCACCAACGGAGACAAAUGGCACGAUAUCCGACAGGGCAAACUCCCCGCCAUCCCACAAGUGCUCUCGCAGGAUUUUCUCAGUCUUCUCAAGGUGAAUAUCAUCAGCAUAAUUUCAAUUUCUCAUGAAGAAGAUGGGGUUUUUGUGUGUUUAUUUCACAUCAUAUCACACAUUUUUACGUCAAAUUAUCAAACACACAACUAUCUGUUAAUAAAGAGAAGAAGCAAAGAAAGUUUCUUUCAAACCGACUUAUUUUUGCCAGAAAAAUCAGAGAUUUUCAAUCAGAACUGAUCAAAAAGAGACUAAUAAAUAAAAUGGCUUAACAUGAUGUUUGAUGUAUUCUCAUGUUUUCUUUUCACUCUCCAGCUGAUGAUCCACCCCGAUCCCAGCAGACGACCAUCGACGUCUGACCUCAUCAAACACCCGGUACUGCUCACCGCUGCCAGGAUGAGCGCGGACCAGCUCAGAGUGGAGCUCAACGCAGAGAAGUUCAAGAACGCACUGCUGCAGAAGUACGUAGUUCAACAUCAAACCUGAUGAUUUUUAUUCGUAAGAGGACAAAAAAGUUCACUAAAGUGCCUCAGAGCCGAAUAAAAACAAGCUCAAGAAUUUUUUAGACAAAGGGACCUUUUUGUGAAGUAGGCAGUAGUUCGUGUGUUCAGGUGAAAACGUUCUGGUGUCUCAAGCGUUAAACUCUUCUCGUUCUCUUCUUCAGAGAGUUGAAAAAAGCCCAGCAGGCCCGAGCUGCAGCCGAGGAGAAGGUUCUAUCCACAGACCGGGUCCUGACCCGCUCCACCCUCCAGUCCAACUCCAGAAACUCCAGACUCAUCGGAAAGAAGAUGAACCGAUCGGUCAGCCUCACCAUCUACUGAGACUCUGUCAGUCCUGACAGGAGGUGCAACGCAAAGACUCAUGGACCUGAAAAUGAAACCUGUUCGGAAGGGAACAGGUGUGUUUGUUUGUCGAGGAGAAGCCUGUCAGUCGAGGCGUUGGGCUCGUGAGCCCAGUUGAAGCUGUGUUGACUGUUACCCAACUGGAACUUAACCCAAGAGGACUCUUAUUGCCAACAGUUCGGACUUUUUUUUUUCUGUUGAACUUUGAAAAGAAAUCCUUGAAGGUAGCUCCUGUACCUUCCCACACCCGUCAUUCCUUUAGUUUGAACAGCUGCGCGCUCUGUCUUCGUGUCUGUCCUCGCACUUCCCUCGACGACGAUCAGAGGCCGCAGUGAAGCUCUCCUCUUCAGUGUGAAUGUACUCGCCGCACCUUACUGCCUGUCAAACGCCUGAUGCUGGGUACCAGAGGGUCCGAGAGCUGACGAUUUCUGUUUGUAAAGGAGCACUUUGGAGGCAACACAUCAGAAUUUGCCAGAAAAGAGUAAAGAAGAAAAAGAAAAAACUGCUGCUAUUGAUGUUUGUUUGUUUCAGGGUUUGGCCAGUUUCAGGUUUGAUCGAGGUCACCGGCUCUUGUUUUCACUUACCCAGUUUCACCACAUGUUUGAUUUCCUAGACAGACAGAAACUGGAUUAUGCUGAUUGUAGAAAAUCCUCCAGUUGAGUCUGUCGAUUCAUUAUCAGUCAGAUUUUCAGGAUCCGUAGUGUUUCAGCGUCUCUGUUGAUUGGUGCCGCCAACCCUGCCUGUAGCAUUAGAACAAUCACUGUCCUGUUCUCCGAAUCUUAAUGUUCUCUUGUUUUUACCGCUCAUCUUUACUUACUGUUUAAAAAAAGCUCAUUUUUUCGUUCCUGUAACCUCUAACACGAACAUUUGUUGUCUGUUAAUAUGUUCUUUUAAUAAAUUCUCACCACAAAAAC